CUCCUCCUCCCGGCCUCCGUUCUUGGCGAAGCGUCUGGGCCGCUUCGCGAGCGGGGAGAGCGACGGCGCCGCCAUAUGCGCCGCACUGCGCCCCAGACGCCGCCGCCGCCGGAGGAGCCGUGCCCCUGACAGCGCGGUUCAAUGGGCAGCUCCCACCUCCUCAACAAGGGCUUGCCGCUCGAAAAAGGAGAAUUCAAGCAUUUGUUUUGAGGAAAAAAGAAAAAAAUACUUUGGACUUUGCAAACAGAUGUUAAAAAAUGAAAGUAAAAAUUUGAACUCGAGCCCCAAGAUACAGAGCUUGCACAGUGGAUAAGAAGUUUUAAAAGCUUUGGUUCAAGAUUGCAGGAGGCUGAAAGAAAAAUUAAAGACAUGAGAAGGAGGAUCAAAUGACAGGUUGCUGUGUUGACUUCCAGUACUGAAGAUUGUAAAUAGCUGAGAAGUGGAAUUAAUGACUCUGGAACUGAAACCCAGUUUAAGAAAUGUCAGGCAUUCGACCACCAAUCAUGAACGGGCCUAUGCAUCCACGUCCUUUGGUAGCACUGCUGGAUGGCCGGGACUGCACGGUGGAAAUGCCAAUCUUGAAGGACGUCGCCACUGUUGCAUUUUGCGAUGCACAGUCCACGCAAGAAAUUCACGAAAAGGUACUAAAUGAAGCAGUGGGUGCCCUGAUGUAUCACACCAUCACUUUAACCCGUGAAGACCUGGAGAAGUUUAAAGCACUUCGAAUAAUCGUUAGAAUUGGAAGUGGUUUUGAUAACAUUGAUAUUAAAUCUGCUGGCGAUUUAGGGAUUGCAGUGUGCAAUGUUCCGGCUGCAUCCGUGGAAGAGACAGCAGACUCUACAAUGUGCCACAUCUUGAACCUGUACAGACGAACCACCUGGCUUCAUCAGGCCUUGCGAGAAGGCACGAGGGUGCAGAGCGUGGAGCAGAUCCGGGAAGUUGCUUCUGGGGCUGCAAGAAUCCGAGGGGAGACCCUGGGCAUUAUUGGGUUAGGACGAGUUGGCCAAGCGGUUGCACUACGUGCAAAAGCCUUUGGCUUCAAUGUCAUUUUCUAUGACCCGUACCUCUCAGAUGGCAUGGAACGUGCUCUUGGACUUCAGCGGGUGACGACUUUGCAGGAUUUGUUGUUUCACAGCGACUGCGUCACCCUCCACUGCAGCCUAAACGAACACAACCACCAUCUUAUUAACGACUUCACCAUUAAACAGAUGCGACAGGGAGCCUUCCUUGUGAACAUGGCUCGAGGAGGGCUAGUAGAUGAAAAAGCACUUGCACAGGCCCUGAAGGAAGGAAGGAUACGAGGGGCAGCCUUGGACGUACACGAGUCAGAACCGUUCAGCUUUAGUCAGGGUCCCCUGAAGGAUGCGCCAAAUCUGAUCUGUACGCCCCACGCUGCCUGGUACAGUGAGCAAGCCUCAAUAGAGAUGCGGGAGGAAGCGGCCCGAGAGAUCCGGAAAGCCAUCACAGGUCGCAUUCCGGACAACCUGAGGAACUGUGUCAACAAAGAACAUUUGACUGCAGCUACGCAUUGGGCCAGUAUGGACCCAGGAGUUGUUCACCCAGAGCUCAAUGGCGCUGCGUACAGCAGGUAUCCUCCCGGGGUUGUAAGCGUGGCUCCGCCUGGCCUACCUACCGCAGUAGAAGGAAUAGUCCCCAACGCCAUGUCCUUAUCGCAUGGGCUUCCUCCUGCUGCCCACCCUCCCCACGCUCCUUCUCCUGGCCAGACAGUCAAACCGGAAGCCGAUAGAGACCACCCUAACGACCAAUUGUAGCCUAAGAAAACAUCAUUCCCAACACAGGCAACUUUGGAAAGCGUGCGGAAAACCGAUUGGACUUUGAAUAGAUGCAAAAUCAUGAACACACAGAGGAGGCCAUAUUAUGUUUUUAGAAAGUGGUCCAAUAUGCAGUAUAAUGAGAAAUGGUGGGAAGAUGAAAGAUUUGAAAACUUUAUUCCUCCAUAUAAAAUGUAGUUUGUCCCUGUUCAGUGACCUGAUUCACUGUUUCUGUGUCCUAUGGGUUCUUUGUUAAGCCAGAGAAGUUAGUAGUUUAAUUAUAUCAUGAAUGUACUUGUCUGUGUACAGUUUUUAGAACAUUAACAAGGGUUUGUUUGCUUAGUUGUCAACAAGAAAAAAAAAUAUAUAAGGGAGGCAUUCGACAAACCAUUUUUGAGAUUCGGGAUCCUUUGUUUUUUAUAUGUUUAAAAAUGCCUAAAAACGAAGCAGUUGGUGAACUUCUCAGGACAACGAUUUUUCCCAUUUUUCUUUCUAUGCCACACAGUGCAUUGUUUUUUCUACCUUCUUGUCUUAUUUUUUUAGAAUAAUUUAAUAAAGUAAAAAACAGUUUCUCCUAAUUUCGGCACAAAUUCCCCUUAUUUCAGAAUGAAGACAUUUCAAAGAGAUUUUGAGGUGCAAAAUAAAGGUUUUUUAUAAACGAGCAUUAUGCUUUUGUCACCGGUUAAUAUAUAUUAUUGGUGGGAUGCAGAGAGAGAGAGAGAGAGAGAGAUUGAGAGAGGCACUAGACUACUGAAAAGUAGCUGCAUUUCAUUGCCUACAUGGAUUCCUUCCUGGUAAUGUGGUAGGCUAGCAAUAUUUUGGGUUAAAAUCAUGUUUGUGACUGUGUCCAUUUGUAUGAAUUAUUAUUUUCAAGAAAUAAAAAUUCCAAACAAA